UUUUAUAUAUGCAAAUGUUUCUUUACAAAUUAUGUAUGUACUGUCUGUGUAUUUUUCAGCAUAAAUUAUGUGUAACAAACUGCUUUUAUUUCUCUCAGUUGCUAUUUGUCUACCGAAUGAUCAACUACUCUCCACCGGCAUACGACAAUGGCACACCAUACCCUGACUUUGCUCAAGCCCUUGGCUGGGUAGUCUUGACCAUCGCCUUGUGUCCUGUGCCACUGGGAUUUAUGUGGCGACUCCUGAAAGGAAUACAAAACCCAGCAGUCACAAACGCCAAGGAGAUGUGUCAUUUCCUGUUUUCACCGACCCCCCAGUGGAGGCCUAAUGACAAAGCCGAGAGGACUAUACUUCCAGAAGGAGCAGCAAAUGGCCAGGAUUUCCACAUGGACAAGCAAAAUGGCAUCAACGGAGGAUACGACAAUCUAGGACUAGAUUUGGAAAAGGCGUAA